CAAGACUGAUAGGAACAGAUAAUGAAUGUGUCGUUAAUAAGCUGUCGUUAAUAACCUAUCCGUAUUCCUCUAUCCGUAUUCCUCUAUCCGUAUUCCUCUUAUCAGCAGAUACGUUUUAUUAGCCUAUUAAAACAGUCAAAAAGAAACAUUCUCAACCGUGCAGGCCUGCACACACACUGACUCAACUUUCUCUCUCAAGACACACAUUCUUCUUCCAUUUGUAUAAUGAGGACGGCUACAACUAUGUUGAGUUCAUUAUAGUUUCAGACGGUUACUAUUCCAUUUUUACAUAAUUCAAUGUGGACUAUAUGCAAACCAUGAUAAAAACAGGUUUCCUACCUGUCCAGAUACUGCAUGGAGCGUUUCUGAGGGCUGAUACCAGAUUCACAUUAUUCUUGCCUAGAUCCUACUUAUUUUUAAAUGUCCAAUUGAAAUAACGCGAUGUGUUUAUUUCGGCGUAGGAAUCCUGUAACAUAAUAAAACAUUUCAAUAGUUGCUACUUGAUAAUCUUCUCUAAACGCUAAAUACAGAGAAGAGCUUGCGCCCUCGCGCCAUGCAGUCACCCAUCCCAUUUUCUCGUGACGUAACGGAGAAAGGAGCGUCUGUCUUGGGUCCGCCAACAAAACAGAAACUGGGUCUAACCAAAUCCCUCAGCUAGCUAAACACACACACAGCCGAGGCAGAGAGCACAGAGUAGAGAGAUGAGAGCUGUCACUUCACGAAACAAGCCAGUCCUCCUUCGCAUAACUCCACGAAUAAAAAGCAAGGCGCAGCAAUCCUUAAGGCAACUGUAGGUUUUUUUCUCAGAGACGAAUAGACCCCCUUUUGGAUCCGUUUACCUUCAAUACCGUCUAUCCAAACAAACACCUGCUUGAGGAGUUCUUUAUGCUCGGAUGAGCCACUUCACCAAGGGACUAUAAUUUCUACUUCAUGUGAACGAAUCGGAGCCUAUGAUAAUAAUGCUUCCUAGCCCUGUUAUUUCUGCCUCCACCACGCCGUUCUCAGUCAAGGACAUACUGAAGUUGGAGCUUCAGCAGCAUGCUCAACAACAGCGGCUUGCCUCACACCUUGGGCCGCCCCAUGAGCGCUCUCACCCGGGUCCACAGCAGCACCAAUACAACCUCCAGUCGCCCCCGUCUUGUAUGCUGGCCAGCAGGGACAGCCCCAGCCCCGGGCUCUCGGAAGAAGAGGAGAGGAUGGCCUACCUGAGUAGUCUGACGGUUCAGGAGCGGCUAAUGGAGACGGGUCUAGCCGGGGAGAUAUUCAUUUCCCCGGGGCUGCAGGGACAUUCAGCCGACACCAGCCUGGAGGUUGAGCAAGAGGACAUAGACGCGAAAGCUUGUGGCGCAAUGGGGGUGAGGGCCUGUGAGGAGUCCCCGCAGGCGCACUCGGACUUGGAGAGACUCCCAAAACAGCAGAGGACCCGGCGGAAACCGCGCGUGCUCUUCUCCCAGGCGCAGGUGUUCGAGCUUGAGCGGCGCUUCAAGCAGCAGCGUUACCUAUCCGCCCCCGAGAGGGAACACCUGGCGAAUACUUUGAAACUGACCUCCACACAGGUCAAAAUCUGGUUCCAGAACAGGAGGUAUAAGUGUAAACGGCAGCGGCAGGACAAGACCCUAGAAAUGGCCGGACACCCUCACCAUCUUCCCCCACCUAGGAGAGUGGCAGUCCCGGUGCUGGUGCGGGAUGGGAAGCCCUGCCUGGCUGGAUCUCAGAACUAUAAUACAUCCUACAGUGUUGGAGCGUGCAGCCCCUAUAGUUAUAACGGCUAUCCGGCUUAUUCUUACAAUAAUCCAGUGUAUACUAACACAUACUCAUGCACGUACUCUAGCCUGCCUGCUCUAGCACCCAACUCUACUGCUAACGCUUUUAUGAAUAUGGGUCUGGCGAACCUGGGCGCGUCGCAAUCUCAGGCCCAAACACCACAGGGAACAGGCUGCCAAGGAACUCUGCAGGGCAUUCGGGCCUGGUAGCUGAAUGUGAUGAUCUGCUUGUUGAUUAACAGUUGAUGACGUCGAUCACUAGCCUACAGUAUUUUUGGGAUAAGGGAAACCUGUCUGUGUCCCAUGCAGCGAAAUAGAAGGAUUUCUCAUUGAAAGCUGUCAUAUUGAGACUCGAUCAUCUUGUACGAAUAUAUUAGUUGUUUCCUCAUCAACGCGGCAAAAACAUGUUUUUAAAAGUUGUUGGAUUAUUCCAGAGUCACUGUUGGAUAUAGAUAUAUACUAUGGCAACAUUGCAGACGGACUAAAACGCGUGCGCAACCGUGCGUAAUAUGGCCUAAAAGCUGUUGGGUGCUUGUGAACCAAGGAUGUGAAUGGCAAACAUUGGCAAUGAUUAUAUCUGAGCUCUUUACAUCAGAAAUAUGACUUUACCAGUAGCCUACUUGGUCUUUACCAGUGAAAACAUUAUUCUUCAACAACAUAAUAGAAACUCCUUAAAUAAAAGAUCGAACAUG